CCUUCGCCCUUAAGGAAUUUAGGGCUAAAGUACACCAAAACAAACCCUGUUCGUCCUUGUGAUUUACCCUCUUUUAUUUCGGCAAUUCAUUAAUAAAUUUCGCCAAAAUGAAGCGGCCAUAUCUGCAGGAAAAGUCGUUACUCCCUCGAAUUGCUUCGUAUGUGAAGGAAAACAAAAAUGUGGACAUAGACGAACUAACAGACUACCUGAUGGAGAAUUUCAAAGAGUUCCACAAUAAAGUCCGGCACAAAUUCAUGAGUAGCGUUGAAAAAGCAUACCUAUGGCAUAUCUACAACAACCCAGACGAUAUCCCUGACAGUGAGCCCGAGGAAAUCAUUGACAGUGAUGGAGGAGGCCCCGACAUAUUAGAAGUAACCGAGGUGAAUGACAGCAUGAAUGAAACUUUGAAGAAUAUGUACAAGUCAAAGAGCUCCACACCAAGGAGGAAUGAUCGCAAUGGUGUUGACCAGUUUCGUCCAGAUAAUGACCGGAAGGGCACAAGGAAGAAGAAGAAGCGGGUGAGAGAGGAAGACAUCGAGGAGGCGAUUAUCAAAAAGAAGAAGAAACAGAAGCUCCCAGAGCAGUCUCCUAUAACGUUCGAGAAAAUGGCUGGAAUUGACUCGCUCAAAGAUAAAAUUUGUGACCUAAUUGCAAAUAUUCGCAGACCCUCGGUUCUUCAGCCUCUCCAGAAGUCCGUUCUUGUCACUGGUCCCACUGGGAGUGGGAAGACAACAUUUGGCUUUGCUCUUGCAGGGACUGCGGAAGCCCUCAUCUAUCGCAUCACAUCAUCAGAGUUGUUUGGAGGACCCACGGGAGACGUUGAGGGAAAGCUCAAUGAGAUAUUUGAGCAGGCUGCUUCAUUAGCACCGUGUGUUAUCCUGAUAGAAAAGAUUGACCUCAUUGCUCCGAAAGAUGGCAGCGCAAAAAGUCUGGAGAAGAGGAUUAGUGUUCAGCUUUCAUCUUGCCUUAGUGCUUUAAAAGCAAAAUACAAAGAUCAGCAAAUAAUAGUGAUUGGUGAGACAAGUCAUCCUGAGAACAUGGAUUGGGAUUUGCGCAGCAGCUUCGACGCAGAGAUAUUCAUGGCCAUUCCCUCGGAAGCUGCCAGAUACGAAGUCUUGCAGCUGCUGUGUCAGGAUGUUAACUAUGAGGGAGACCUUGAAGAACUAGCUCAUCGAACACCUGGUUAUGUUGCCGGGGAUUUGAAGAGAUUGAUCGAAAAGGCUCAGAGUCUAGCCUGGAAGAGUAGUCAUUUUUUGACUCAGUGGUCAUUUUUUGACUCAGUGGUCUGGAUAUAUAAUUUAAUAAUAAUAAUAAGUCAUGUAAUAUCUUUUGAAAACCUGAGUUCAAGUCCUUAUGUGAAAGGUACAGUUGGAAAUACCAUUUUUUCUAUAGUUGGUAUUUUUGCUGAUACAGGUCUAACAAAUUCGCUUCUUAAAUACUUUCAGUACCAAGGAGAGAGUGAGAGGGCCGUUCGAGAGGUGUUUCGACGGGCUGGCAACGUAGCUCCGUGCGUCAUAUUCUUUGACGAAUUUGAUUCACUUUGUCCCAUCAGAACCAAAGGUGGAGAGAGCGGAAGUAAAACCACCAUAGUUAACACACUCUUGACUGAAAUGAACGGUUUUGCAAAGCGUGAUGAUGUGUAUGUCAUUGCUGCCACAAAUAGGCCUGAUAUAUUGGACCCAGCAGUGACGCGACCAGGAAGAUUCGACACCUUGCUCUAUGUGGAUGUGCCAGAUUACUUGGGAAGGAUAUCCAUUUUCAAAGCUAGAACGAAGAAUGGAACUUGCCCAGCCUUGGCCGACGAUGUCAGUUUCGAAGAAAUAUCUCAGGUUUGUAAUAACUUCUCCGGAGCAGACUGCGACCAGCUGGUUUACUUAGCCAGUAAGGAAGCAAUUAGAGAAGUUAUCCAAAACAUGGACUCCACUGGCACAGAUAAGACAUUGGAUACGAGCAAGAGUGCAGUUGCAGAGUCUGCAAAGAAUGUGAAGAGACUAGUGUCCAAAAAGCACUUCUUUGCUGCCCUGAAGAAAAUGAAGCCUUCCAUUUCUGUAGAGGAACAAAAGAGAUACAAGAAACUUUACAACAAGAUAUGUGUUUCACCCAACGAAGAUUUGGCAGAGUUACUUAUGUCCUCUGUUGUUGUCCCUGCCCAGGAGAGUAAUUUGCAGACGGAGGUAGAAAGUACACCUCAGAAGUUGAUGGCGUCGGAAAGUACGCCUGCACCUCAGAAGGCCAUAGAAGACAUAGACAGUGGAGAUGUAUCAGAGUCCACUUCUGAGAUUGUUAAUGUCAGUAUGUCAACCUGAUUGAGGUUAAAGUCCAAGGUUUACAUAUAUAGCCUCUACUGUCAAUAAUGUGCUGUUAUUGCCCUGCUGUUUGUUUUCAUUUAAAACUGAAAAUGAUGAGUAUUUCAAGAAAUGUAUUUAUGGGGUGGGGGAAACCGAGUACCUUCUUGUGGAUAGCACAUAGGCAAUGCUUGUCUGAAAGUACCAUUUUGGUCAGAAUGGCUGACCAAAUUGAACAAAAACCAGUUAUCAAUUUGCAUACAUUUAAUCUUAUCAAAAGUUCAAGUCAUACAAAUGUAUAAACUAAAUGACUGAGGUAUGCAGCUCACUUGCUCACACAAACACACUUGGACUCUAGAAUGCAACCUGUGUUACUAUAAUUGUGUUUGACCACAGUUGCGAUAUUGUCUUACUCCAAAAAGACCAUGCAUCAUGCUUUUAUAAAUCAUGCCCAGGCUAUAUGAAAAUCUGAAAAAAUAAAAAACUAGUGGGUUAGCAAAUAGUAGUGAGUAUAAAGCAUAAUGGAAUCCUCUGACUGCAUUACCAUAAACAGAAAUGACUCCCAAACAAUACAUAUCAUUUGCUACUGAACAAAUAUCUUAAGAGUUUUUUGGAGUUUGAGUAGAUCUUUGUUGAGAAGCAAACAAAGAGUUCAAACCGUAUACAUAGUUGGAAACAAAUUACCCAAAGAACAACCAAUUUUUUUUUUUCUUGGUUUUUAUCAAUAUUUGUUUUGGCAACCACAUCUGUUUGCCAGAUGCAUCUUAUAAUAAUACUUGGCCACACAUCUCAACACAACAUGCACCACCAACCAUAGUCCCCCAAAUACAACAAACAACAAUACACUAACACCAAAUGAUACCUGUGUCACAACAUUCAGCAGCGUAGCCUGUUACAGCACAUCAAUAAUAAGGCCAAUCCAAACCCCACGAAUAAUGUAACUUAAAAGUAUACUGAGCAGGUCAACUGAAAGGAAACCAUAUUGCAUACUGGAAAGUAGAAACUUAAGCUUUAAAAAAUACCCACUGUAGUAACGUCUUAUGAGAUCCACUGUUGCUUCUUAAUUUACAGUGAUAAGGGAUACAAAAUUCUCCGAAUAAUUAUCAAAAGAUUACAGCUCAAAAGUCUCUCUAUACAUUGUACAAUGUCAGGCAUUUGCAUGAAGCUUAAAUGAAGGAUGGUGAAAGGUGACGACGGCCUAUUUCUUUGUAACUUUCUUGAUGUUUUCGAGGGCUGCCUCUGCCUCCUUGAUCUGCUGUUUAAUCCGAUCCUUCAUGGAGCUGUUGGUUGCCUUCUGGAGGCUCUGUUUAAGGUCCUGUGAGGGAAAAUAAAUAGCUGAAAAAUUUGUGUCACAAUAAACAAUAAUGUAUGCUAAGUAAAAAGCCACAGUAAUGUAUAUGAGAGGACCAUUGUGCAAAUGGUCAAAAGUCCCCUUUUUACCAUUUUUGUAUUUUGAAAAAUACAGUCACUCAUAUACAGUACUGUGGCUUUUUACUUAUUAUUUCCUGUCUGUAUAAGUGAUGCACCAUAUUAAAUAAUGUAUAUACUCUUAUUCAGAACCAAAACCAAAAAGAGAUGAAGAUGGCUUUGGACAAGCCACAGACAAACAUGCCUAUACCCCCCAUAACAAACAAACCAUUGCUUUAAGAUAGCCUUAAUGCUCUGGUUCAAAAUAGGGAACAAUACACUUUCUUAAGAAUAAAGCAAAUAAGAAAAAGAA